ACGGAAGAAGGCGCUUUUGUUUUUCCUUGGGAAAAAAGUCGAGGAACAAUGUUUGGAAAGGCGACUUUUAGCUAUAUUCUAUUUUUCUCUCAAAUGCAAACAAACAGUCUUAUAUAGGACAUUAAAUCUUUCGGAAUACCUAAAUUACAUCUCCUCGUCUUGAAGCUUGUUUGACGCUCCGUUUGGGAAUUCUUGAAGCUGCAGAGAUUGCAAGGCGGAAGAAGGGAAUUUCGAAGGGACGAACCGAGAGAGAUUUCAGCAGAGCCUUGCAAUGUUUUUCAACCUGAUUCGAAUUCAUAUGAAAUCAUGCUUAUAUUUUAAAACACAGACUAGUCUCUGUGUCUCAUUAAUGUCAUAAUUUGGACUGAUCAUUUGCGAUCAAGAAGCUCAAAAUGGCGAAGGGCUGGCCCAUCCCCCAGGCCCUGCUCCUGCUCGUAGUGAGUGUCGCGGGCCUGGACACUUGCCCUUCUCCCUGUACGUGUUCUGGUGGUCCAGGUGCAGCACAGUUGCUGGAUUGCAGUAGGAAGAGACUGACUGCUGCAGCUCUGGAAGCUCCAGCCUGGAUCACCCAUGCGUCUAUGAAUCAGAAUGAACUUACAGCGGUGCCUUUUCUUGGAGAUGUCUCAUCCAACAUCACAGUGCUGUCACUUGUUCAUAACCGAAUCUCUGAAGUCGUGGCGGAGCAGCUGUUGCCAUAUUCAUCUCUGGAAAGUCUGGACUUGAGCUCUAAUUCUAUAUCUGAGCUUAAAGCCGGAUCAUUUCCUCCUAUGCAGCUGAAAUAUCUCAACCUGAGCAAAAACAAGAUAAGUUCCUUGGAGCCCGGUUGUUUUGGAAACAUCAGCUCCCUUCUGGUGUUGAAGAUAAACCAGAACAGACUCUCUGUGCUGCCUGAUAAAGUCUUCACCCUCUCUCAGCUCCAAGUCUUAGAGUUGAGGCGCAACAGGAUUCGUGUCAUUGAAAGUCUCAUUUUCAAAGAACUGAAGGCUCUUAAAUCAUUAAAGAUGCAGCGCAACGGCAUCACAAAGCUGAUGGAUGGAGCUCUCUUUGGUUUGGAAAACAUGGAGGAACUAGAGUUGGAGUAUAAUAAUCUGACAGAGCUGAAUAAGGGCUGGUUAUAUGGCCUGCACAUGCUCCGGAUUCUGCAGGUAAAUCAGAACAAUAUUGGACUCAUCCGAGCCGAUGCCUGGGAGUUUUGCCAUCGCCUGGAGGAGCUGGAUUUGUCCUUCAAUCACUUGAGUCGUCUGGAGGAUUGGGUGUUUUCUGGUCUCAGUCUCCUGCAGAGUCUCAACUUGGGUGACAAUCAAAUCUCGCACCUGGGAGAAGGAGUGUUCAGCAGCCUGGUUAACAUUCGCACAUUGGACAUCCGAAAUAAUGAGAUCUCUCUUGCCAUCGAGGACUUGAUUGGCAUGUUUGUGGGUUUGAAGAGGCUGAACUCGCUAGUUUUACAGAAUAAUAAAAUCAGGACCAUCACUAAGAGAGCGUUUGAGGGGUUGUUGGAGCUGGAGCAUUUGGACCUGAGUAAGAAUGGCAUCAUGUCUAUUCAUCCUGAAGCUUUCACUCUUUUAAAACUUAAAACACUUGAUCUGAACACCAGCAGCCUCCUGUGUGACUGUCAGCUGCAGUGGUUGGGCCAGUGGUUGAUUGACAGUCAGUUCCAGCAAUCCUGCACUGCUGUCUGUGCUCAUCCUGCCUUCCUGGCAGGAUCUAGUGUGCUUGCUAUUAAACCCGAGGAUUUUGUCUGCAAUGACUUCCCUAAACCCCAGAUCAGCGCUCAUCCCAAGACCGAUGUGGCCUUGCGUGGGACCAACAUCACUCUGAACUGUUCUGCGUUCAGUAGCAGCGAUUCUCCCAUGAGCACCGCCUGGCGCAAAGACGGAGAGGUGCUGUAUGAAGCUCAGGUGCAGAACUACGCUCGGUACCAGGAUCACCGCCUCCUCUACACCACCGUACUCCACCUGCUCAAUGUCAAUUUCACAGAUGAGGGCCAGUACCAGUGUGUGGUCUCCAACCAUUUUGGGUCCAACUACUCCACUCUGGCCAAGCUCACUGUUAAUGAGCUCCCCACCUUCCUGAAGACACCCAUGGACCUGACCAUCCGCACCGGUACGGUCGCUAGGUUGGAGUGUGCUGCGGAGGGACACCCGACACCGCAGAUCGCCUGGCAGAAAGACGGCGGUAUCAAUUUCCCUGCGGCCCGUGAAAGAAGGAUGCAUGUCAUGCCAGACGAUGACACUUUUUUCAUUGCUAAUGUGAAGACCGAGGAUAUGGGCGUCUAUAGCUGUACGGCCAAAAACGAGGCGGGCAGCCUGUCAACCAAUGCCACUCUUACUGUGCUUGAAACCCCAUCCUUCCAGCGCCCUCUAGAGGACCGUAACGUUGCCCGAGGUGAGACUUCUGUCCUCCAGUGCAUAGCACGUGGUAGUCCUGCCCCCCGACUCAACUGGACCAAAGACGAUGCCCCAUUGGUGCUGACAGAACGCCACUUCUUUGCCGCAGCCAAUCAGCUCCUCAUAAUCGUAGAUGCCAGCCCUGCCGAUGCAGGGAAAUACACGUGCAUCAUGUCCAACACGCUCGGCACAGAGCGCGGUCAUAUCUACCUCAGCGUCUCACCCUCGGCCAACUGUGACCCGGUGACCAGCAUAUACAGUCAGGACGGAUGGACAACAGUUGGCAUUGUAGUGAUGGUGGUCGUCUGCUGCGUGGUCGGCACCUCGCUUGUAUGGGUCAUGGUCAUUUACCACAUGAGGAGAAAGAGUGAAGACUACAGCAUAACAAAUACAGAUGAGAUGAACCUACCAGCAGACAUUCCCAGUUACCUCUCGUCUCAGGGUACGCUGUCAGAGCCUCAGGAGGGCUACAGUAACUCAGAGAAUGGAAGCCACCAGCAGCUUAUGCCAUCUCAUGCUAACGGUUACAUCCACAAAGGCACCGACGGAGUAUGUUACGGUGAAGUGAGCAGUGAUGUUGAUCCAGAUGCUAAUGGAAUGCUGGGUAGUCGUGUGGGCUCUUUCUUUGCUGGACGUAGCAGCUUCCACCGGAGUGAACCCAGAGAGGGACAGGCAAAUGUCCCUAAUGGUGGACCAGGUCCUCUAGUCAUCUGCUCAGACUGCUACGACAACGCCAACAUCUAUUCGCGUACGCGUGAGUACUGUCCAUACGCCUACCUGACAGAGGACGACCCACUUGUGUCUCAGAUCUCUCGGGAUGGACACCAGAGCAGCCAUCAAGAGCGAGAUCAACACACGGAGCAUGCAGACGCGGCACUGGAGAGUUUUAUAAGUCAGCAGAAUGCCUCUGUGUUCCUCACCAACCAUGAACCACGACUAUAUAGCACUGUCUCAGAUGUCCCAAGCAGGUCAUUUUGGGAUGGUGAAGAAACCCACUCUUCUAUCCUCGCCCAGGGCUCAGUGACUGUACACAAGCCCCCGAUGGCGCUGUCCUCUGGGGACGGCCAAGAGGAGAGGAGGGUGGCACUGGAGGAAGGCUCAUACAGGACUAACCCACAGGAAAGCUCCUCUGCGCCCACAUAAACCUAGCCAGCCCUGUCUUCCCUCUAAACAUCACCACUUUGUCCUUCAGUCACCUCCCAGUGCCCUCAGCCCACUACCUCCUUUGAGAAGCCUCAUUGUCUGCCAAAUGAAAUGCCUCUCUCUUCAAUGUUUACACUGCCUCUCUUGUCCCUCCCCACCAUCUUCCUUUGUAGCUCACUGGGAUGUGUGUGUUUCGUGGAAAACUCUUUCAAACAAGAGACAGAAUUCCUGCCUUCACCAAUCCUCAGCUAACCGGACUGGUUUGAGCCCUGAAUGUAACAUUUCCAAGAGCUCCACUAGUCCUACCGUAAUGUGUGAUGUACGAAUUAUGCCAUGAGUGUUGAACCUGUUUGCAUAUGCCAAAGCUUGACCCAGACUCCCCUUUAACUUGAUUCUGCUCUGGUACAAGACCUGUACGAAUACUGACUGUGAAGAUUGGACUGCCAAAAGAGGGCAGUGAUGUUCUCUGAGUGAUGUCAGAGGGCCAAUUACCUGUAUUGCAUUUCUUAUUCCUAUUAGCAAGCGAUACGGACUUAUGACCAAUAAUGUGUUAACAGAGUUGACGGCUUUGUUGUUUCCACUGUUAUUCUGGAGUUAAUGUUAUUUGUCAUAAAUAAUGCUUUUUUUUGUGUGUAGUGUUUCUCACAAACCUAAACACAUUCCUUAAUUUCUCUUUCUGUUUUAAGGCACUAUAACAGACUGUAAGAAAAAUGUUGCGGAUAUGUUGCACCUUUGACAAUCUGGCUGGGACAGCCUUAUACGAAUCAUGAUAUGCUAACUUUUUACACUUCUUUCCCAUGUUAAGCUUACGUAUUGUUACGUAAUUUAUGCAUUCUUGCAAGUGCACAUCUAGUAGAAUUGCAAAUUUAUUUGAUCGAUCAGCAUGACUGAGCACCAGUGGAGUGUUUUUGGGGUGGGGCUAUAUUCUGACUGAACAAUAGGAGAGUGGGGGAGCAUUUGAAAUUUUUUGCAAUUCCAUUUGGUGCCCUAGUAGUGUAGAAAUCACUCGGUUCACCUUUAAAAUGCGUGUAUGCUGCAUUUGAAAUCCGUUGUUACUGCUGGAUCAAACUGGUCUCGUCUUGUCGAGUUCUUUGUCUUUUAUGUUGUGAACCUCAGAUAGGUGUUCAGAUCAUCGUCUUAAUUUGAGUUUUGCAAAUAAUUUUGACAGUUAGGAAUAGUCAUGCCUAGUAAUUUUUAUUGUUUUGGCCUUAGAAGUACAGCUGGAUUUUUUAAUUUUUUGCCUGUAAACAUUGUCUUAAGAGCCUGUGUUCAAAACCAAAGACCUUACUGUCUUGCUGCCCACUCAUUCAACAGACACCCACAUUUCAGUCUGACUUUCAAGGCAUUGUAACAUCACGUGUAAUGAUCUUAAACAAAUUCAGAGAUUAGCAAGGUCAUAUUUAAUGACUGGGUGGAGGGGCGGGGGGAUGUAUAAAUUGGAAUUUAGUCACUCAGUCAGUCCAAAUGUAUUUUUUUAAUUUAUGCCGAACUGCAUAUAUGUACAGCAUCUUGGUGGACAAGAUUUUAUGCAACCAUUUGAUUUCAAAUAUGCUUUUAUGCCUUCCUACCUCUAGAUCAGCAUUUUUCAGGUUUCUAACACAUCCACUACUUUGUUUUAAAUGGUGCCGUCACAUUUACAUUUAUGUGGCAAAAAUCCAUGGUGAAAAUGCAGUCAUGUCAAUAGGAAUUUGUGCUAGCCAAAACGUUUGCCUGUGCAGGUUUAAGUUUGUUGAUCUUUAAACACAAAUGCGCAUCGCUUACCAAAAUAAAGGUGUAGUCGUCACAUUUACCCUUGCUCUGUGAAAUUCUGCAGGUGAAAUCAAGACACUUCAGUAGGAAUCUGUGCAAUUGAGAGUUUCAUGUGAGGGCAAAAGUUCCCCAUGCAGAUUUUGCUUUUUUUCAAGCUGGUCACAUGAAUUCACCAGCUGACCAACAGAAAGCUGCUUUGUUUAAAAGUGACGUUUGUGUGAGCUGUUCUUUAUACAUCACUAUGCUAUUGACAAUAGAUAUUGGACCUUUUUUUGCCUUGCAAAAUGUCACUGAUAUUUCGCUAAUGUGACCACACCUCAAGGCUGCUUAUUUUAGAAGUGGUAUCUGAGUAAAGAGAGCUUCAUGAAUCGUUAUACUAUUGAUCAUGGAUAAUAGACCUUUGCCUGCAAACUUUGCCAAAGUUUAACUAAUACGACUGCGCCGUAAGAUUUGGAUUCACUUCAGUGAUUGAUGAUCCAAACCAUGUGUGUGGAUCCCUGAUUAAAUCUUGACCAUUCUUUUUGUAAGAAAGCUCCACAACAAAGCAGUACACUGAUAUUUUGCACUUUCUGAGCGUACAAAAGCUGGUUCUUGCAUUGCAGCAGAUAUUUAUGGUCACUGUCUUUUAAUAGAAAAGAUUUAUUUUCAACCACUUUUCAACUGUGAUGACUACCCCGAUUUGCAUAUUGAUUUAUUGCAUUUUGCACAAUCUCUUGCCUUUCUGUUAGCUGUGCAAUUACACUAAUCCGAGACCUUGAUGUCAAAUGAUGCGUCUGAAACCUCGCUGUGUCAAUUUCCCUUGAAAGGAAAGGAGUGUCAUCAGUGGCUUCCAGCCACGUUUAAAACAUCUUCAUUUUUCAAAUUACUGUUAAUGCUUGCGGGAGAUUAGCGCAAAGCAGUUUAAAAGUAAGUGAAGAGUGGUUUUAUUUUACUCUGAAUUAUGAGAUUUUGUUUGGAUCUUUAGAAAUGGACAAGUGUUAUUUCACUUACAGUUCUUUUUGAUUUACGCCAAAGAAAAUUCACAUGGAUCAAACCGCAAACCAAAGUUUAGCCUUAGUGCUUUGACAAUAUUUAAAUGCUGCUUUUUUUAUGUUUUGUUCAUUUUUUGUUUAUUUUUCUGUAUGCUGUACCUGUACAUUCUGUAAAGCAUGUAUAAAGAACAUUGUUUCAGAAAAUUCUGACAUUUAGCUGACAUUUAAACAAUAAAAUGAAUUCAGAUGCAUCACGA